AUGAAUAAAUUGCGUUCUGUUGUGUCAAAGAAGAAACAACGUUACCAAAAGGAAGGUUUUGACCUCGACUUGACGUACAUUAGUGAUCGUGUCAUUAGUAUGGGUUUCCCUUCAACAGGUGCAGAAAGUUUGUACAGAAAUCCUUUGGAAGAAGUAAAAUCCUUUUUCCAGUCCAAACACGACGACCACUACAAGAUUUAUAAUUUGUGUUCGGAGAAGAAUUAUGAUCCUAGUAAUAAUAAUAGUAACACCUUUUAUAGAUUCCCAUUUGAUGACCACAAUGCUCCACAUUUUUCAUUAAUUUUGGAUUUUUGUGAAGAUGCUUGUCGUUACUUGAUGGAAGAUAAACAAAAUACUCUUGCUGUUCACUGUAAAGCCGGCAAAGGAAGAACUGGUACUAUGGUUUCAUCUUUGAUGAUUUAUACUGGUUUCUGCUCAACUGCAUCCGAAGCUAUGGAAUUAUUUGGUAGAAUCAGAUGUAAUGAUUCUAAAGGUGUGACUAUUCCUUCUCAGAAGAGGUAA